AUGUCAAGAUCACUUUUGGUAGAGAAUAGUAGAACGAUUAAUAGUAAUGAAGAGAAUGGUAUAAACGAAAGUCAAUAUAUUUUACAAAAGAGAAACGUUCCAAGAACAAUUCUCGGUAAUGUCACGAACAAUGCAAAUAUCCUGCAGGAGAUCUCUAUGAACAAAAAAAUCGGAAUGAAGGGCUUCUCGAAAUUGAGCUCUUUCUUCCCCUUGAAGGACGAGGUUUCGAGAGCCGACGAUUUUACCUCCUCUUUUAAUGAUAGUAGACAGGGAGGGAAACAAGAGGUGUUAAACAAUAAGGAAAAUAUCCCUGAAUAUGGAUAUUCAAAGCAGAAAAAGCAGCAGCAGUGUUCAAACGAUGACUCUCUUCAUACGAAUUCAACUACCUUGAACCGUAAUCGGUUGGUAUAUUCCGAGAACAAAUCGUUUUCUACCCAAAUCGAAUGGCAGAAAAAAAGUGUGAGAGAAGAUUCCAAAAAAAAAAGACCAAUAUCAACUCUUGUAGAGCAAGAUGACCAAAAAAAGUUUAAAUUACAUGAGUUUACUACAGAAGAAGAGAUUCUGGAGGAAUAUGAAUGGGAUGAUUUAGACGAAGAAGAUUUUGAUGAUCCGUUAAUGGUGAGCGAAGACGUUAAUGAUAUCUUUGAUUACCUACACCACUUAGAAAUAAUCACAUUACCAAAUAAGGCAAAUCUCUAUAAGCAUAAGAACAUUAAACAGAACAGAGACAUCUUGGUGAAUUGGAUAAUCAAGAUUCAUAAUAAGUUUGGGCUCCUGCCGGAAACUUUAUAUUUGGCCAUAAACAUAAUGGAUAGAUUUCUUUGUGAAGAGGUGGUACAAUUAAAUAGAUUACAACUGGUUGGUACAUCAUGCUUGUUCAUCGCCUCUAAAUAUGAGGAAAUUUACUCUCCAAGCAUAAAACAUUUCGCGUACGAGACAGACGGUGCAUGCUCUGUGGAAGAAAUUAAGGAAGGUGAAAGAUUUAUAUUGGAAAAACUAGACUUUCAAAUUAGUUUCGCUAAUCCAAUGAAUUUCUUAAGGAGAAUAUCAAAGGCGGAUGACUAUGAUAUUCAGUCUAGGACGUUAGCAAAGUUCUUAAUGGAAAUAUCUAUAGUGGAUUUCAAGUUCAUUGGGAUAUUACCAUCAUUAUGCGCCUCGGCGGCGAUGUUCCUCUCGAGAAAAAUGCUAGGUAAAGGCAGCUGGGAUGGUAAUUUGAUUCACUAUAGUGGUGGUUACACAAAGGCAAAACUAUAUCCCGUUUGCCAACUAUUGAUGGAUUAUCUUGUCGGAUCCGCCAUUCAUGACGAGUUCUUAAAGAAAUAUCAGUCGAGAAGAUUUUUAAAGGCUUCCAUAAUUUCUAUCGAAUGGGCAUUGAAAGUAAGGAAGAAUGGGUAUGAUAUUAUGACUUUGCAUGAGUGA